AUGGCGGAGUCUCACACACCGCUGCAGGCGUUGGCGGACCGCACCGCGGAGCUUAAUCUCCUCAGACAGGCAAAGAAGGCUGCCGCCAAAAGCGAGCCGUCACGGGAGGCACAGAAGCUGACGCUGAGGACCGGGCAGAUCUCCGACAGCACGAGUCUCCCCUCCUCGGAGGAGUCAUACGAGCCGUCGCUGGUGUUGCAGGUGGAGCCGCUGGCGUCGCACCGCCCACCACCAUGCUGGGGGGGGAGCGUCAGCCUUGGCCCUCUCGCGGACGCCGCGGAGCCAGCCGCCACAAGUCUCCACAUUGGCACCUUUCUAGUCUGGAAACAUCAUUUCUCUCGCAACGGAGCGGCAAAGCGGAUACUCCUCGUGCAGCGUGAGGAUGAGGUUGUGUUGCUCACCCUGAAGAAGCUGCAUUGCCUGAAGAAGGCCCCACAGCUGGCGCUGCGGAAGGAUGUCGCGGUUGUCACCGGCCUUCAGGCGUACUACAGCAACGCCAUUCAUAGGGACCACGUCCACAUUGCGGAGUGUUGUCUGGUGGUCACCCGCAGCGGUCAGCAGGUGGCGGCGGUGGAGAUGCAGUCUGUGGGCGAACUGCAGCUGGCUGUCCAGCUGCUGCUUCCCGCCUGCACAAGCAGGACCCGUGUAACGCCCUAA